AUGUACAUUAUAGUUGAUAAUGCCUCUGCAAACAAGUCUGCUUUAGAGUGGCUUGUGUCUAAAAUGAACAAGUCUGCAUCUUAUCAGCAAAUUUUGAGUGGCAAAUACAUGCAUGUGAGAUGCACUGCUCACAUCACUAACUUAAUAGUGGGGCAUGGCUUAAAGAGGUUGCAAAAGUCUGUGUUAGCAAUUAGGAAUGCAGUGAAGUUUGUGAGAUCUUCUGCAAACAGAUUGGAUAUUUUUAAGAAGACUGUGGAGAGAGAGAAGCUUCCCUGUAAGGGACUUGUGUGUUUGGAUGUCCCAACUAGGUGGAACAACACGUAUCUAAUGUUGGAAGUAGCUUUGAAGUUCAAGAAAGCAUUUACAGUGAUGGCUGAAGAUGAAGAUAGCAAUUUUGCAAACUACUUCAAGGAACUAGAUGAAGAAUAUGAUGAAGAUGGAAAUCUUGUACCAAGCAAGAAUAAGAGAAAUAGGGUUGGACCUUCAGAAGUGGGAGAUUGGGAGAAGGCUGAGGUCUUUGUGGAGUUUCUAAAAGUAUUCUAUGAUGUCACAUUGAGAGUUAGUACAUCAUUGCACCCCACUAUACACACAACUUUCCAUGAUGUGAUUACCAUGGAAAAAAACAUGUUUUUGGCACCUGAGAUUGCUAAGGGAUCAAAAACUGAGAAAAUAUUGAUGGAUAUGGCAACCAACAUGAGAUCUAGAUGGUUAAAGUACUAUGGUUCAUUUCAUGAUAUCAAUCACAUGAUCAUCAUUGGCCUUGUAUUAGAUGCAAGGUUCAAGUUGAAGAAUAUGACUCACAUCUUUCAAACUGAAGGUUUGAGAAGAACCUUCGAAAUUAAAACCCUACUACUUGCUCUCUAUGAUAAGUAUGUCCUGGUUGUAGAUGGAGGUAGACACCUGCAACGGCAACAAUCUCCAAGCUCUUCGUCUAGCACAGUUACAAGUACAAGCAGCAGAGGAGGAGUUAGAGGCCAGCUGCUCAAUAAUUGGAAGAAGGUUGUUGAAGAAAGCAGUGAGGCAGUGAUAGCACAUGAAGUGGAUCAAUACCUGGAUGCUCCAUGGGACCCAACUGAUGAUAAAGAUUGCUUUGAUAUCCUGUGCUGGUGGAAGAUAAAUGGCUACAAGUUUCUAGUAUUGGCAACAAUAGCAAGGGAUGUUCUUGGAAUUUAG